AUGUGUGUAGUGGCUGCUGCUGGUUCAUCUAAACAAGGCCAUGUCUUUGGACUUGGAGCCUUGCGCAACGAGGUUUUACCAGCAUUUGAGGCUUCGUCAAGUGCACAACAUCCUUUUGAAGAACCAGAGAUAAUAACACAAUGGCUUGAAGAGGUAGAAGCAGAACUAAAACAAAGCCGUGAAGAGAAACAAGAAUUUCAGAGAAGAUUUGAAUCCAUGGAGAAAAUUGUUCAGUCUUUGGCAAGUCACAAUGCUUAG